GGUGCAAGUAAUCCAGUACACCCUACACCAAUCAUUCUCCUGGGGUCCAUGCUUGAAUGACAGUCUGAAUACUCGCUUUCAAUGGCCAGUGCACUUCAAACCCAGAAGAUAAAUUAUCAACCGAGUAGUGCUUGGGUCGUGCUACCAAAAAAAUAACCUUGAACUUUUCACCGGUCACCUGUAAAUCAAUGGAGCGGCACACAGCUUUUGAACAAGUGGCCUGGUAUACAUAUCAGAGCAAAUCCAGACAUCUCAAUCAACUCGAUGGACUGAAAUAAGGCCCUCAGUGAACAAAUAGCAUCGUAGCCAGUCAGGGGUCUGCGGGAAGGUAUGACUCGGACGUGUCAAAUCACGGUAACUGUAGUCAUCUCCUUAGGGCCCAAGCAACGUGUAUUUCACUUCGGUUACUCCCCUACCGUUCAUUGCGCAUGGAAAUAUCUGAUUCCAGUGUCAGCAAAGCAAUUGUCGCAAUACACCGAGACGUCAGCUUGGUGUACCUGUGCUUGUGCCGCUAGCUGGGAUCAUGACGCGUCUUGAUUC